AUGAACGUCAACGAUGAUCAAAUGAGUUUGAUUUCUCAGUUCUAUCCUGAAAUAUACAGCCAAAUGGUCCAAGAACAAGGGGUGGAGAAACCUCGGAGGAAGUGUCGACGAAAGAAGAGAAAAGGGGAGGGCGGAACCGGAAGUGAGGCGUCCGGGAAGAGGAAGUUAAGCCAAGAACAAGUGAAUAUGUUGGAGAUGAGUUUUGGAAAUGAGCAGAAAUUGGAGUCGGAGAGGAAGAAGAAAAUUGCAUCUGAACUCCAACUCGACCCUCGCCAGGUUGCGGUUUGGUUUCAGAAUCGACGGGCUCGGUGGAAGAGCAAGAAAUUAGAGGAAGAGUGCUCAAAAUUGAAGGCCGAACAUGACUUCACCCUGGUAGAGAAACGUAGGCUCGAGAAUGAGGUAUUAACGCUGAAGGAACGAGUUUGUGAAGCUGAAAAAGAGAUACAAAGACUAAUAUUAGAACGUGGAGAUGGAUUUUCAAGCAUUAACAGUCCAAGUUCUUCGUUUUCUAUGGAGCUUUUGGACCCACCUUUUUUGGGAGGAUUUGGAAUGGAGGGAUUAGAAAAUGUCCUUAACGUACCACAAAAUAAUUAUAUUAAUGGUUUGGAAUGGGUUAAUGUCUAUGAUAUAUAA